UUUAAGGCAUAAAAAUUAUCGCCAUUUACUAGCAAAAUGAAGUCCGAAUGCCACCCUUCAGUUGACUCUUGUAUUUUUCUUUUCAUUCUCUUCCUUUUUUCGUUAUCUUUGGUCGAUACUCAUAAUGACUUUCUUCAAUGCUUUUCUCAACAAUCUCCAAAUUCGAAUUCAAUUAUUUUCACACAAAAUCAUACAUCGUAUCUUUCAGUCCUAAAUUUAUCCAUACAAAAUCCAAGGUUCUCUUCUCCAUCCACACCCAAACCCUUUGUUAUCAUAACUCCAUUGAAUGCCUCUCAUGUCCAGACCACCAUAUACUGCACAAAAAAGUCUGGUUUGCAGAUCAGAGUACGGAGCGGUGGCCAUGAUUACGAGGGACUUUCCUACGUCUCUGAUGUCCCAUUUGUUGUGCUCGAUCUCACAAACCUUAGAUCGGUCAGCGUUGACUUAGAUGACAAAACUGCAUUUGUUGAAGCCGGAGCAUCUAUUGGUGAAGUUUAUUACACAAUCGCUGAGAACAGUCAAUGUCUAGGAUUUCCUUCUGCUACUGCCAACAGUGUAGGUGUUGGAGGACUUUUUAGCGGUGGUGGCUAUGGCGCCAUGCUUAGAAAACAUGGUCUCUCUGUUGAUCAUAUCAUCGAUGCCCAAUUGGUCAACCAUGAAGGGAGAAUUCUUGAUAGAAUGUCCAUGGGAGAAGAUCUCUUUUGGGCCAUCCGAGGAGGCGGCGGCGCUAGCUUUGGAGUCAUUAUUUCGUGGAAAAUUAGGCUUGUUUCUGUCCCACAAACUGUAACUGUGUUCACAGUCAAUAGGAAUUUGGAACAAAAAGCUACAAAUCUUGUUCAUAGAUGGCAAUUUGUGGCAGAUAGAUUAGACAAUGAUUUAUUUAUUAUUGUGAGAUUACAAGCUGUGAAUAGUCCCAAUAAAACUAUUCAAGCUUCAUUUAUAUCUUUGUUCCUUGGUGGAGUUGAUCGACUCAUUCCAAUUUUGAAAAAGGGCUUCCCUGAAUUAGGUAUUGUAAGAGAAGAUUGCAAGGAAAUGAGUUGGAUUGAAUCUGUCGUCUAUUUCGCGGGAUUCCCAAGUGGAUCUUCUAAGGAAGUUUUGCUUGAUAGAACAACUCCAUUUAAAGUGCCUAUAAAAGGAAAAUCUGACUAUGUCAAAGUGCCAAUACCUGUUGAUGGGUUGGAAGGAAUAUGGGAAAGGUUGUUUGAAGAAGAGGUAGGAAUGGCUUUCAUUCAAAUGACUCCUUAUGGUGGUAGAAUGAAAGAGAUUCAUGAAUGGGAAACACCAUUCCCUCACAGAGCUGGAAACAUAUACAAGAUUUUAUAUGUUGUAGCUGUUACUGAUGAAGGUGAAGGGAUUGAUAAUGUUACAGAAUCGAUUCAUGUAAAUUGGAUUAGAAGGAUUUAUAAAUACAUGACUCCUUAUGUGUCCAAGAAUCCAAGAGAAGCUUAUCUCAAUUAUAGGGACCUUGAUUUAGGGAGAAACAAUAACAAUGGCACUACAUGUUAUGCACAAGCAAGCAUUUGGGGUUUCAAGUAUUUCAAAAAUAACUUCGAUAGGUUGCUUCGUGUAAAGAACAUGGUUGAUCCAACUAAUUUCUUUAGGAAUGAACAAAGCAUUCCUCCGUCUUCUUAAAAAGCAGUAUAAUCCAAUAUACAUGUGAACGGAUUCCUUUACAUUGAUCAAACU